AGACUUCCGCCCGGCGCGGAGACGAGGGGUCGGCGGCGAGUGGCGUCGGCGGUGAAGCGGGCACGCGCGGUUGCGGAGCCCCGGCAGCGUGUGCGUUCCUGCCUCGGGCCUGGCGGGGGCUCGGAGGAGAGGGCAGGCAGCAUGUCGGAAGGAAGCGCCGCGGGCGAGCCCAGCGCUCCGGGCACCCCCCGGCCCCUGCUCUCAGGGGCCCGGGGGCUCAUCGGGCGGCGGCCUGCGCCCCCUCCCACGCCGGGCCGCCUUCCCUCCAUCCGCUCCAGGGACCUCACGCUCGGGGGAGUCAAGAAGAAAACUUUCACCCCAAAUAUCAUCAGCCGGAAGAUCAAGGAAGAGCCCAAGGAGGAGGUCACAGUGAAGAAGGAGAAACGGGAGAGGGACCGAGAGCGGCAGCGGGAGUGGCAUGGGCGGGGCCGGGGCCGCCCGGAAGUCAUCCAGUCCCACUCCAUCUUUGAGCAAGGACCUGCUGAGAUGAUGAAGAAGAAAGGGAGCUGGGAUAAGACCGUGGAUGUGUCGGAUAUGGGUCCCUCUCACAUCAUCAACAUCAAGAAGGAGAAGAGGGAGACGGACGAGGAGACCAAGCAGAUCCUGCGCAUGCUGGAGAAAGAUGACUUCAUCGAUGACCCUGGGCUGCGGAACGACACCCGGAACAUGCCUGUGCAGCUGCCGCUGGCGCACUCGGGCUGGCUGUUUAAGGAGGAGAGUGAGGAUCAGGAUGUGAAGCCUUGGCUGGCCGGCCCCAAGGAGGAGGACAUGGAGGUGGACGUGCCCUCUGUGAAAGUGAAAGAGGAGCCACGAGACGAGGAGGAGGAGGCUAAGAUGAAGGCUCCUCCCAGAGCAGCCAGGAGGACGCCAGGCCUCCCGAAAGACGUGUCUGUGGCAGAGCUGCUGCGGGAGCUGAGCCUCACCAAGGAGGAAGAACUGUUGUUCCUCCAGCUGCCAGACACGCUCCCCGGCCAGCCGCCCACCCAGGACAUCAAGCCCAUCAAGACGGAGGUGCAGGGCGAGGACGGACAGAUGGUGGUCAUCAAACAGGAGAAGGACCGGGAAGCCAGGCAGGCAGAGAACGCCUGUAGCCUGGCUGACCUCACGGAGGGGCAGGUUGGCAAAUUGCUCAUCCGCAGAUCAGGGAAGGUGCAGCUCCUCCUGGGCAAGGUGACUCUGGACGUGACCAUGGGGACCGCCUGCUCUUUCCUGCAGGAGCUGGUGUCCGUGGGCCUUGGAGACAGCAGGACGGGGGAUCUGACGGUCCUGGGCCACGUGAAGCACAAGCUCGUCUGCUCCCCUGACUUCGAGUCCCUGUUGGAUCACAAGCACCGCUGAGCAGCAGAUGGAGGAAGCCGCGCCUGCCCACGGCUGCUGCCUGCCGCAGGCGUUUUGUUCUGGAGUCUGUGGCCCAGAGGGGGCUGUGUGGCCUGCCCACUCGGGCCUCUGGCAGCUGGCGCCCCACUUCUACCCCGGGGCCCCUGGGGCUCCCUCCCGCAGUGUGGAUGUGGCACAUCCUUGCUGCUGGGGCCUAGUCCUUGCUAUUUAUUUUUGUAUUUAUAUCUUAGCAUCUUCAGCCAGCUGCAUCCUCCGGUGAGGGUGUGGGGGAAGUACAGGCCCCUCCUCUCGGUGCCUGCAGGGCGCGGAAAGGCCUGGCCUUGCUCGUGGGCCCUCCCCCCCGAGGCCGUGUGGGAGAGAGCAGAGGUGGAGUCUGGACUUGAGGACUCGGGCCCGGCUCAUCCAUCCUAACCUUUCUGAACCUCACGUUCCUCAUCUGACGGAAGUGGGGCUAGCACCUGCCUCGCGGGGUUGGCGCGAGGGUCGAAUGGAGCUCUGUAGGUGGCACGCAGCCAGACGUGUACCUGGUGGGCGCUCAAUAAAUGUUUGUUUCCCUUUC